AUGGCUUUUCUCAAGAACACCUUCUUCCCAUCUCUGGUCAUUGCACUAACAAUCACAACCUUCUUCACCGGAAUAUCCGCUCACCGCCAUCUUCUCCAGUCAACACCAGCGACUCAGCCUCCCCCGGCUUUAACAUUCCCACCUCUUCCCAAAACCACUAUGCCACCGCUUCCUUCCCUCCCAAAUCCACCACAACAAACCCUGCCACAGCCACAGCCACUACCAACUCUGCCGCAGCCGACCGGGUUACCACCAAUGCCGACACAGAUACCAACAUUGCCGACGAUCCCCAACAUUCCACAGGUGAACUUCCCUACGCCCGCCAACUUUCCCUUCAACCUUCCUUUCAACAUCCCAAACAUUCCUUUCCUCACUCCACCACCUUCAAAGUAA